AAAUCAUGUCUGCUGGCUUGAUACUGCCCCAAAGCCAGAGAAUAGCAUAUGGAGGUUUGGUGUCUCUGGCUGUAGUCCUCUCACAUCUCUACCGUCAAACAGCAGUAGGGGAGGAGAGACCAUGUGUCGGUGCGUACGGGAGGGGGUAAUGGCAUAAUCUCACAUUAAAGAGCACUCUAGUGAUUUCUGCGGAGCAGUGUGCUUGCUUUCGAAGCUACCUGUCAGGUUUCGUAUCACCUGCUCCAGAAGAGAGGGAGAAUCCUGACGGAGCAUUUGCCAGUUUGAAGAUUGUUGGGCGCUUGGAUGAGCUGGAGAUGUCGGCGAUGGUGCAGACGCCCAAGCUGCAGGCCAGCGAGGACUUUGACCAGUGCGGUGCGGAGUAUCAGAGCCUCUCCAACCAGGACUACUACUCUCAACUGGAGGCUCUGAAGAGAAUGCACCUGCAGAACAUAGCACACCUGGACGUCAUGUACCUGAACGAGCUGAGCGCUAGCAAGGGCAAGGCGUCUCAAGAGGCUCAGAUGAGCGAUAAAGAUGAAAUAGACAGUGCUCAGGAAGCGGAUGAGUCUUUGCCAGCCAAGCGAGGGACUAACACCAUCCCCAGACAGGACAUAAAGCUUCAGCAGAACUCGGUCAGCAAGUCAGACAUAUCUGGGAGCCGGGAGAUGAAGGUAGAGAAGGAGAAGAAGGAGAAGAAGGAGAAGAAGGAGGAGAAGGAGGAGGAGGAGAAGGAGGAGGAGGCAGCUGGGCAAGCUAGCAGACAGAGCAGUGGAGUCAGAGAUGAGGCUAAGAGUUCAAAGCCACGAGCGCAGCCAGAACGAUGGGCCGCCUCCAAGCCAGCCAGCGCCGCCGCAAAACACCAGCCGAGGGCCCCCAGCAGACGGCCCCCGGGGGCAGAACCUUCCAGCAGGAUCGCCAAGGUGACCGUGCCCAAGCCCUUCAAGAUGAUGCUGCGAGAGGACGACAAGAAGCGGCGGAACCAGAAGACGCGCUCCGAGGUGGAGCUGGAGAACACGCUGCUGCGCAAGGAGCUGACGGAGCUGCGCGAGUGCCGGCGCCAGUUCCGCGCCACGCCCGCGCCGCCGCCACGCACGCGCCCGCCCCUGAGCGAGGUCUUCAGCCAGCGCGCCGCCGGCGGCAGGAGCCGAACGACCUCUCUGGACCGCGCCGCUCGUGCCGACCCGGGCACCAACCGGCGCACCGGCGGCAGCCGAGAUAUUUCACCGGAGCCCUUCAGUUUCAUCGAGCGCGAGCGCAGGAAGAGGGAGGUGAGGCUGGAGGCGGUCCUCAGCAGGCCGACCUCCAGGGAGGAGCGCUGGGUCUUCAAGGCCAGGCCUCUUCCCCGGCUCUACAGGGCCGCCUCCGACGACUACCACCUGUUCGGGGCUACAGAAACGCACAGCAGAGGCGAGGAGCAGCACCGCGGGCCAGACGUGAGCAGAGAGCGCCUCAAACACACAGGGAGGCUGGAGGACGAGAGGGGCGGUGUGGAGGUGGAGGAGGAGGAAACGGAAGAGAAGUCUGAGGAUGGAGAACAUGGAGCGGAUGAGUCCACGGAUGGAGCGGAGACGCCGAUACUAUGCAGUAACUGGAGGCUGAGGAGGAAGCCGUCGCUGGCAAGCAAAGGGCUGCUGGUGGAGGGGGAGACCGGGGGGGUGCGGGGGGGCAGGGAGGGGGAGACCAGGGGCCAGGAGCAGCUGCCAACUGGCAAGAGCGACUACAUCAGUGUGUGA